AUGCCGCCGACGAAACGACGGUUGUCAUUCGACACGGCCGAGGCUAAUGCGCCAGCCAAACGACACCGAGCGCGCGACACGUCGAGCACGAUCACGACUCCGACACUCCCGCCCAAGGACUUUAUCUCCCGAGUCUCUGAUGAGGUUCUUGUCCGAAUCCUCUCCUACAUGAACGAGAGUUCUCUUCUCGACGUGGGAAUCGUCUCCAAGCGCUUCCACGCCAUCGCCUCCGACUCCCAGCUCUGGCGCCCACACUACUAUCGUCGCUUCGUGCUUCCUCGCGCCCAUCGCAUACCAGGCUUCAAGAAGGCACGGAGCACUUCAAGCCUACACUCUCUAUCCAAGGGCAACGCUUCCGGUGCCGAUGCUGCUGACGGUGCCUUGGCCUGGAGGAAACCGGCGUCGACCAAGCGCUGGAACGCCGGCCAGGAGCAGGUCGUGGACUGGGUCGACUGGAAGAAGCAGUACCGCCUGCGCCAUAACUGGGCACGAGGGCGCUGCGCCGUCGAGCAAGUCGACGUGCACAACUCCAAGGAACAGACGGCCGUAACUGCGCCGCCAGAGUGGCAGACGCUUAUCAAGGUUGUCGAAGGCAUCGCCGUGACAGCAGACUCCGUGUCAGGCCUGCGCGCUUGGGAUCUGCGCACGAGGCAACCCAUCGCACAGGCGUCGCUACAUUUCGAUCGCGCGACCCGAUUACGACCAAGCUGUCUGGCCGUCGAUGACACUCGCCUGGGCCGAGGCCAGGUAGAUGUCGCUGUCGGAUUCGAAGACGGCACCUCGGGAGUUUGGCGCCUUGAUGCCCACCGAAACGCUCUACGGUUACUCUGCCGUCAAGAGAAGAGCUUCCUCGGAGGACUGCUUGCUAUUGCCUACGGGUAUCCAUACUUAUUGACAGCUACGCAACUUGGCUUCAUCGCACUUUAUACAUUUAGCAAUCCAUCCGCCGACAACACUUCCGACGCUGGCGACGAUACCGACAACGAAGUCGCACGGGAAGCAUACACACAAUCACCAGAUGAUAUAGAUGACGACCAUGUCACACUACCAGCACCAUAUCUCCUCACAUCACUCAAAUCACAUAGUACGCAAGGGCCACUCGCGUUAUCCUUGCGCAAGAAUGCGGCGUCUGUCGUCGCAUCAAUAGCAUAUACAUUCAAUACCGUUGGCGGAUGGUCCAUCGGCAUCCAGGACCUCGAUAUUCGCCCAUCCGGCGCAGUAACUUCGCGCGUCGCGUCAUCACUACCUACACAAAUACGAUCUGGCCACUCAUCGCCCUCCUCUUCUCCCCUACAGCCAAGUGUAUAUCGCUUUGGCAGUCCCGACGAGCCCGGGCCUACCAAACUACGAUACAGCCACCCAUAUCUACUGGCCACACUGCCAGACAACACACUGGUCCUACACCUGUGCACAUCAACCACCUCCUCACUGAUCAUCUCGUCCGGCAUUCGUCUCUGGGGCCACACGUCGGGCAUAUCUGACGCGGAGAUAACGCCGCGCGGCAAAGCAGUCAGCGUAAGCACGCGAGGCGAUGAGAUCCGUCUCUGGGAGCUGGAAGGCCGUCCCAGCUCCCGCAGCGUUGCAGUCAGGCCACGACUGCAGGAAGCCGAGAACAGUCUGUCAAUGGAUGACAGACGAGAGGGGAGCGCGCCGCGGACGCCGACCAAGAUGGACCUGGACGACGGACGGCGCAACCUGGUGGGCUUUGACGACGAAGUGGUACUGGUGCUCAAGGAGGCGAGCGACGGGAGGGACAGCCUCAUGCUUUACGACUUUACGUAA